UUCUUUGGGGCUAGAUUACACUGAGACUCCUGGCUGCCAGCAUUCCCUUUUGGUUGGUCCCUUUUCCCCUUUACUGUUUUUGUCUAAGUUCCCUAUUUUUCCUUUUUCUUUUGGGGGGGGGAGGUCUGGUAGUCUAGUUCCCGUGGCUUUAUUGUUGUAGUUUAGUGUUUCCUCUAUUUUGUUAGUUUAGGGAGAAGUCCUGGGUCCGACAGCCCACUGCGUGGUUGGCCCAGGCUUCUCUAUCCUUUUGUUCUUUUUGGCCAGACCUCCCUGCUCUUAUUGUUUCGUCAUUUGUGAGUAUUUUCGUGUUUUGUGAAAUUUAUUUUAUUGUUUAUUUUAACUCGGUGUGGCGUCCUUUUAAUGUUUCUGUCUCAUGGUAGAGCCAACUGCGUUUGAGGCCGUAAGAGGGCCUAAUCGUGUGCCACAGUCCAAAGUGUAGGUACGCUGCACUGCUCUGAAGGCAUUGCAGGCGGUAUGAACAUCCGCGCAGUUAGUCUCAGUUUGGGCUGUGCAUUCAAACUUCAGCCCUCUGGUUUUUUGAAAUGUUUCUCAUCGCGUACUGGUGCCGAAGCGAAAGAUGAGCCAUUCCAUCCCAACCACGAGGGUUUGCGAGUCAAUGGCUCCGCUGCCUGCAGAAAUGCUGUACCGACAAGGCCCGGAUAGACGUUGCAUCUGGGACCCGUGUGCGGAAUUUUACUGUGACUCCCUGGAAGAUGCAUCUGUUGGUCCAGUUCGUGCAGGCAAAGACUUCGAUAGCAGGUGUGUGCACGGAAGUCGGCCAGUCUAUCCAAUUCCUCACAGCACUUUCUAGAAUGGCCCGCUUUGGAGACGAUCCACCAGCCCGCUAUGGAGGCGGUAGUCCAGCUGGGGCAGGGAGAGGGGCAAGCCGGCAGGGAGGCCCCCCGGGCGGCCAGAGGAUGUUCAAGCAAUCGAAUAUGGCACAAAGAGCGAGGACAAUGGCCAUUUAUAACCCAAUACCCGUCAAACAGAACUGUUUCACAGUCAACCGGUCCCUUUUCAUCUUCAGUGAAGACAAUAUCAUACGAAAAUACGCAAAGAGAAUAAACGAAUGGCCUCCAUUUGAGUACAUGAUCCUCGCCACCAUCAUAGCGAACUGCAUUGUCCUGGCUCUGGAGCAGCACCUACCGGCUAAUGACAAGACCCCUAUGUCCGAGAGGCUGGACGACACGGAGCCCUACUUUAUUGGAAUAUUUUGUUUCGAAGCCGGCAUAAAGAUCAUCGCCCUGGGGUUCACGCUGCACAAAGGCUCCUACCUCCGAAACGGCUGGAACGUGAUGGAUUUUGUGGUGGUCCUGACCGGGAUCCUAGCCAAUGUUGGGGGUGGGGGGGACUUCGACCUGCGAACGCUGAGGGCAGUGCGUGUGCUGCGACCGCUCAAACUGGUGUCUGGAAUCCCCAGCCUGCAGGUAGUGUUGAAGUCCAUAAUGAAAGCCAUGGUUCCUCUGCUGCAGAUUGGGCUCCUGCUCUUCUUUGCCAUCGUCAUGUUCGCCAUCAUCGGUGUGGAGUUCUACAUGGGCAAAUUCCACUACACCUGCUUCAGGGUCAACACAGAUGAGCGUGUGGCGGAUUUCCCCUGCGGUCAGGAGGCCCCGGCGCGGACCUGCGAGAACGGCACCGAAUGCAGGGAGUACUGGAUCGGCCCGAACUUCGGCAUCACCAACUUCGACAACAUCCUGUUUGCCGUGCUGACUGUCUUCCAGUGCAUCACCAUGGAGGGCUGGGUGGACAUACUUUACAACGCCAAUGAUGCCUCAGGGAACACCUGGAACUGGUUGUACUUCAUCCCUCUCAUCAUCAUCGGAUCCUUCUUCAUGUUAAAUUUAGUUUUGGGAGUCCUGUCUGGGGAAUUUGCGAAGGAGCGUGAGCGUGUGGAGAAGAGGCAGGAGUUCCUGAAGCUGAGGAGCGAGGAUGAAGAGGCGACGAUCCCUGAGUGGAUUUGCAAGGAGGAGGUGAUGCUGGCGGAAGAGGACAGAAAUGCGGAGGAGAAAUCCCCACUGGAUGGCGCGUGGUACAAGAGGAAACAGAACAACUCUGUGUUGAAAAGGGCUAAAGUAAAAAAGAGCAAGAAUGACCUCAUCAACGCCGAGGAGGGCGAGGACCACUUCACUGACAUCUCUUCAGUAGGGUCGCCCUUCGCCCGCGCCAGCCUGAAGAGCAGCAAGAACGACAGCUCCUCCUACUUCCGGCGCAAGGAGAAGAGGGUGCGCUUCUUCAUCCGCCGCAUGGUCAAGUCCCAGGGCUUCUACUGGACCGUGCUGUGCCUGGUGGGCCUCAACACGCUGUGCGUGGCCAUCGUGCACUACGACCAGCCCGAGUGGCUCACCUAUGCACUCUACUUGGCAGAGUUUGUGUUCCUGGGCCUCUUCCUGACGGAGAUGACCCUGAAGAUGUAUGGGCUGGGGCCCCGGAACUACUUCCACUCCUCCUUCAACUGCUUCGACUUUGGGGUGAUUGUGGGCAGUAUUUUUGAGGUCAUUUGGGCAGCCGUCAAACCCGGGGCUUCCUUCGGCAUCAGCGUUUUGAGAGCGCUCCGCCUACUCAGGAUCUUUAAAGUCACAAAGUACUGGAACUCUCUGAGGAACCUGGUCGUGUCCUUGCUGAAUUCCAUGAAGUCCAUCAUCAGUCUCCUCUUCCUCCUCUUCCUCUUCAUCGUGGUGUUUGCUCUACUGGGCAUGCAGCUCUUCGGAGGACAGUUUAAUUUUGAUGAGGAGACCCCAACGACAAACUUUGACACCUUCCCUGCUGCUAUUCUUACAGUUUUUCAGAUUUUGACAGGCGAAGACUGGAAUGCGGUGAUGUAUCAUGGGAUUGAAUCACAGGGAGGAGUCCAAGGAGGGAUGUUCUCCUCCAUCUAUUUCAUUGUCCUCACCCUGUUUGGAAACUACACUCUCCUCAAUGUCUUCUUGGCCAUUGCUGUUGACAACCUCGCAAACGCACAGGAACUCACGAAGGAUGAAGAAGAGCAAGAGGAGGCGAUCAGUAAAAAGCUUGCCCUUCAGAAAGCCAAGGAGGUGAAGGAGGUUAGCCCAAUGUCAGCGGCUAACAUUUCUAUUGCAGCUUUUGUAAAGCAAAAUCGAGGUGCUCUAUCUCGCAGCUCGUCCAUCUGCAGCGUAAAUUCACCUAAAGAGCAGCAGAAGUCACUGAAGAUGAUGUCAGUGUGGGAGCAGCGAACCAGCCAGCUGCGGAGGCACAACCUGCUGGCGAGCAGCGAAGCUCUGUACAGCGAACUGGACCCCGAGGACCGGCUGCACCUGUCCUCCGCCCUGCGCCUCCGCCCCAACAUGAAGACCCACCUGGACCGCCCCCUGGUGGUGGAGCCCUGCGACUCCAACGGGGACCGGUCCAGGCCCGCCGAGGGCGAGGGGGGCACCCCGGAGGAGGGCGACGGCUCGGGAGAGCCCCCGCCCCCGCCCGCCCACCCGCGCAAGCACCACCGCCACCGCGACAGGCACUCCGGCGAGGAGGGGGAGAACGGCGAGGGCCGCCACCACGUCCACCACAGCCGGAGCAAGGAGCACGACGGCUCGCGCGGGAAGGGCGACCGCAGCCGCAGCCGGGAGGGGGGCCGGCGGCACCACCACCAGAGCUCCGUGGACGAGGGAGGGGGAGGGGGCGGGGGCGGGGGCGGGGUCGAGAAGGAGCACCACGUUCACCGUCACCACAGCCACCGGCAGCCCAAGGAGGGCAACGGGGUGGUCAACAACGGGGCCAAGGGCGAGCGCCGGGUGCGGCACAAGGACGGCUCGCGCUCCGCAAACCGGGAGGGCGAGAGGGCGGCGGGGUGCACCAAAGGGGAGAACGGGAGCAACGGCGAACGCAGGAGGCACCGCCCCCGUGGCACCAAGCCCCAAUCCGGUACAGAGGAUGAGCGGCGCGAGAAUGGAGAGAAAGCAGAUGGGAAGGGCCACGUGCACCACAGGCAUACGGACACGGAGGGCGACCCGCAGGCCGUGACUCCCCUGCAGCCCCCCGGGGGUCAGCAGUGGCCCAAGCCGGAGGACUCGGACAACCAGAGGAACGUCAACCGGACCGGCCAGCUGGGCGUCAACACCAACACAGUCCACAUCCCGGUCACCGUCACUGCCCCGCCCGAGGACACCACCAUGAUCCCGAUGAACAACAUUGACUGCGAGACGCUGCCCAUGAACGAGGAGAAGAAGAACCUGGAUGACCUGACCCAGAAUGGACCCAGACCAAUCCUGCCUUACAGCUCCAUGUUUGUGUUUGGCCAAACAAAUCCGGUGAGGCGUCUCUGCCACUACAUGGUGAGCCUGCGCUACUUCGAGAUGUGCAUCCUGGUGGUGAUAGCCAUGAGCAGCAUCGCGCUGGCGGCCGAGGACCCCGUCCAGGCCAACGCCCCGCGCAACAACGUGCUCAAGUACUUGGAUUAUGUCUUCACGGGCGUUUUCACCUUUGAGAUGGUGAUUAAGAUGGUGGACCUGGGCCUGCUGCUCCAUCCUGGUGCCUACUUCAGAGACCUCUGGAAUAUUCUUGACUUUAUCGUGGUCAGUGGAGCGCUGGUGGCGUUCGCCUUUUCAGGGACCAAAGGCAAGGACAUCAGCACCAUAAAGUCCCUGAGAGUACUGCGUGUGCUGCGGCCUCUUAAAACCAUAAAGCGUCUGCCCAAACUUAAGGCUGUGUUUGACUGUGUGGUGAACUCCCUGAAGAACGUGCUCAACAUCCUCAUUGUCUACAUCCUCUUCAUGUUCAUCUUCGCCGUCAUCGCUGUGCAGCUUUUCAAGGGCAAGUUCUUCUACUGCACCGAUGAGUCCAAGGGGCUAGAGAAGGACUGCAGGGGUCAGUUCCUGGACUACGAUACAGAUGAGGUGACCGCCCAGCCGCGCGAGUGGAAGAAAUAUGAGUUUCACUACGACAACGUGCUUUGGGCCUUCCUCACCCUCUUCACUGUGUCCACCGGGGAGGGCUGGCCCACGGUCCUGAAGCAUUCUGUGGAUGCGACCUUCGAGGACCAGGGACCCAGCCCUGGGUUCCGCAUCGAGAUGUCCAUCUUCUACGUGGUCUACUUCGUCGUCUUCCCCUUCUUCUUCGUCAAUAUCUUCGUGGCCCUCAUCAUCAUUACUUUCCAGGAGCAGGGUGACAAGGCUUUGUCUGAAUGCAGCCUGGAGAAGAAUGAGAGAGCGUGCAUCGACUUCGCCAUCAACGCCAAGCCCCUGACCCGCUACAUGCCCAAGAACACGCAGUCCUUCCAGUACCGCAUGUGGAAGUUUGUGGUGUCUCCGCCCUUUGAGUACUCCAUCUUGACCAUGAUUGCCCUCAACACCGUGGUGCUGAUGAUGAAGUUUCAUGGAGCCCCACCAUUCUACGAAGCCAUGCUGAAGUACCUGAACAUCGUCUUCACUGCCCUCUUCUCUCUGGAGUGUGUGCUCAAGAUCAUCGCUUUUGGUCCGCUUAAUUACCUGAAGGACGCCUGGAACUGGUUUGACUUUGUGACCGUGCUGGGAAGCAUAACCGACAUCUUGGUCACUGAGAUUAACAACAAACUGAUCAAUCUGAGUUUCCUGAGGCUGUUCCGGGCCGCGCGUCUCAUCAAGCUGCUGCGGCAGGGCUACACCAUCCGCAUCCUGCUCUGGACCUUCGUCCAGUCCUUCAAGGCCCUGCCUUACGUCUGCCUGCUCAUCGCCAUGCUUUUCUUCAUCUACGCCAUAAUUGGCAUGCAAGUGUUUGGUAAUAUUGAGCUCAACGAGGAUACGGGUAUCAAUCACCAUAACAACUUCCAAACCUUCCUUCAGGCCCUCAUGCUGUUGUUCAGGAGUGCCACGGGGGAGGCAUGGCAUGAGAUAAUGCUGUCCUGUCUGAGCCACCGCGCCUGUGACGAGCGGUCGGGCGCCAUUGGCAAGGAGUGCGGCAAUGACUUCGCCUAUUUCUACUUCGUCUCCUUCAUCUUCCUCUGCUCCUUCCUGAUGCUGAAUCUGUUCGUGGCUGUCAUUAUGGAUAACUUUGAAUACCUGACCCGGGACUCCUCGAUCCUGGGGCCUCACCACCUGGACGAAUUCAUCCGCGUCUGGGCGGAGUACGACCCUGCAGCCUGCGGCCGCAUCAAGUACCUCGAUAUGUACGAGAUGCUGCUGCACUUGUCCCCUCCCUUAGGUUUGGGAAAGAAAUGUCCGCCAAGAGUCGCCUACAAGCGGCUGGUGAAGAUGAACAUGCCCAUCGCAGACGACAACACGGUUCACUUCACCUCCACCCUGAUGGCCUUAAUCCGCACCGCUCUGGAGAUCAAGCUGGCCUCCGGGAUGGUGGCUCAGCGUUUGUCUGAUGCUGAUCUGAAGAAGGAGCUUUCCACUGUCUGGCCAAACCUUUCCAAGAAGACUCUGGACCUGCUGGUGACGCCACAUAAACCCAACGAGCUGACAGUGGGGAAGGUGUAUGCAGCUCUUAUGAUCUUUGACUACUACAAACAGAACCGCGCACGGAGACUGCAGCUGCUGCAGCAACAGCAGGCGGCGGGCGGGACCCAGAGUAAGGUAGUUGGUGCCAUCUUUACACCCAUGCUGCCACUGGCACCCAUACAGGGCGAGGAGAUGGCGCUGAGCAGCAAGACGUCGCCGUCAGAGCCCCACCCCCAGCCCUGCCCACCGCCUGGCUCCACCUCCCUUAACAACGGGGGUGCUGUUCAAGGCCAGCAGGGCGGCACCACCAAAGACUCCCGGGUCACAGACAAACCCCAGGAAGUCCAACGGCCAGGAGGCAAACGGACAGUGCCACGGGGCCAAUCAGAGGACAUCCCUAAUUCAGCCGGAGCUCAGGAGCUGGAGAUGAAGAAGAUGCACCACAGUGCCAAUGCAGGGAACCCGUCUGGUCUGGAGAGCCAGGGACGGGCAGCAUCCAUGCCCAGACUCAAUGCAGAGAUGCAGCGGAGCCAGUCUCGAUUCUCCCCGGGGACAUUCCUCUCACCGAUCCCUGACUCCAGUCCGAUGAAGCGCUCCGUGUCCACCCUGGCCCCUCGGCGCCACCCGGAGGCCAGUCUGCAGGACCCCGCCCCGGAGAGGCCAGCCCAGGAAAGGCCUCACCAUCACCACCACCAUCACCGCUGCCAUCACCGCAGGGACAAGGACAGGAAGCAGCGAUCACUGGACAGGUCAUCCAACGGGCCGCCCUCCAGCGCUGCAGGUACCCCAGGCGACGCGACCGGGGACCUGGUACCGCGGGAGCGGGUGCACGACCGAGGCCGCUCCCACGAGAGGAAGCACCACUCGUCGUCCGCGGAGAAGCAGCGGUACUACUCCUGCGACCGCUACGGCAGCCGGGAGCACUGCCACACCAAGUCCGCCACCGCCAGCCGCUCCACCUCCCCCAGCGACGGGCAGGACCUGGGCCUCAACAAGCAGGGCAGUGGUUCCGCUAAAGGGAGCCCCGCGACGUUGACCUCGGGGGCGAGCACCCCCUGCCGAGGGCGCAGGCAGCUGCCCCAGACCCCCCUGAUCCCCCGCCCCGCUGUGGCCUACCGGACCGCUAACUCCUCCCCCGUGCAGUUUAGCCCCGCCCAGGGGGGCCCGCACGCCCUGUGUCCCGGCAGGAUGAGCCGCGGGCGUUCGGAACACAAUGCCCUCCUGCGCAGCGACACGGACUCGCCCUCCCCCGUCACCCGCAUCGGCUCCGACCCCUCCCUGGGGUACAGCGACGGGCGGGGCAGUCUGUACUACACUCUGCCCGAGGAGGCGGGGGUUUUCCAGGACGCGCUCAGCUUCCCCGCCGGACGCCCCCCCCGGACCGCCACCCCUCACCUGCCCCCCCCGCCCCAGCAGAGCCGUGCAGUGCCCAACGGAUACCACUUCACCCUGGGCAUUGGCUCGGGCGCCCGUACGCCCAGGCACUACCAGGGCAUAGAGGAGGACGACUGGUGCUAGCAUGGCUUUAACACCCACACACACACGCACACGUGCAAACACACACGUACACACACUCGCAGACACACGAAAUGCAGGCAUGCACGUGCAUAAGCAUGCAUGCAUACACAUACACAUAUGGGAAAAUGCAAGUUCUUACAAAUUUUUAAGAAUGCAUUUUUGGGGAAGAAAACAGGAUGAGUUUUAUCAUCUCCCUGAAAGUGGUAGUUUACACAGUUUUUGUGGAUAUGUGUGUGCAUGUGUGUGUGUGCGUGUGUGUGUGUGUGUAGUAUGUGUGUGCGCGUGCAUGUGUGUGUGUGUCGAUGCAUGUGUAUACGUGUGUGUAUUCGCACAUGCAUGCACAUGUUUUAACUGAAGAGGCAAGGAAUGAAAAAUGUAUGAGAAAAGUAUGAGAGUAUGAGAAAAAGAAACUGCUGUUCUGAAUUUUGGAUUUUGACCUGAACUGCAGAAGCGAUUUCAAUUCUUUUGAAGGAAAAUUUGUGGCAGGAAAAGCCUGUAAUGUCUCUCGUUUUGUCUUUUUUUUUAUUUUUUACGUUUUUUCUUUUUGCACUAAAGACAAGUGGCAUUUGACAGAUGCGGGAAAACAACACAGACAUGAAUACUGCAAAGUAGUGUCUUAUACUCUGGCUGUGGCGAGUAGAACUGCAAUGGAAAUAUGCCAAAAUCUCCUCUCACAGUAUGUGGGGAAACAGUGACCCCUGCUGAAGGUCGUCCGUCCUGCGCACUGGGGAUGUGAACGAAGUAGCCUACUUGACAAGCGAUGUCAGAUGAAGGGAAGAAGGAGGAGGAGGUGCCCACGGUCGCUGUUUUUAUAUUUAACCCGCGACGACGACUUCGUCUUUCCAAGGGGGCCUUCGAAUGCAGACGAUUGUGAGACUGACGGAAAAAUGCACUAAUCUCUCGUCCUCCAUUUCUCUCAGCUUUUAGCAUUUUACCAACCAAGAGCUACCGUGUGUGUAAACCUCAUUACGACAUGUUACAGUUAGGAUGCCGGUGGAAAUGUCUUUAAGUUUGGAUCAAUUAUAUUUAAACUGAUGAUUGUUCAUUUUGCUGCUCUUUUAAACAUGCCUCGCAAAACAUCAUCACUGCUUGUGACCUUAAGAAGAAAGGAAGAAGGGACGUGAAAUGUACUCGUUUUACUUUUUAUCAGGCUAUGGUAGAAGAACUUUUAUCUUUUCAUUGUGUGCAAUUUUGUAAAAAAAAAAAAAAAGAAAUUUCAAAAAAAGCUGCAUUUUAUGUAAAUUGCUUGCAGUUCACUCUCAUGUCAGGUCUACUGUUUCCUACUGAUGGCUCCAGUUCUUUAUUACCAAGUGCCUAACCUUUUAAAUAUCUUGUAGUAAAGAUGCAACCUCAACCCCUUUUUCCAUGCAUCAACACUUAAGAGAAGGAGGUGUGUGGACUGAUAUGUGUGAGACAUCUGUAUUAACCAUGUUAGAUAAUACAAGGUCUAAAGCUGUAGGCAGAGAAGUAUACAAUUUCAGAUUUUUUAAAUAAGAGGACUUGGAAUUUCUUAUCAUAUUUUAUUUGACCUUUUCCUGAUAAUGAAUGGGGAAAACAACUCUAGUGCAAAAAAUAUAUAUGGAUAUAUAUAUAUAUAUGAAUAGUAAACAAUAUGAAAACUGCAUUAGUUGUAUAUCUGUCCAGCAGAGACAACGUAACCAGAGUAACACAAUUGCAUGUUUGAGUCUUUAAACUUGGUUGUCAAAAGGUUAUGAACACAUAGUAACGGUGUAUAUUUCUUUUUCUUGUAAGGGUACACGAAGAAAGCAUUGCUAGCUAUUGCCUUUUAUGUAAAUGUUAUGGAGGGUAAAGGAUUUGAUGUUUUAAAAAGUAUGCAUUUUGUGAUAGAUGUGCACUUUGCAAUGAAAGUGUGCACUGCCAGGUAAAAGGGUGCACUUUUCUAGUGCACGUUGUAGUGAAUAUGUGUCCGUUGCAGUAAAAGUGUGCGCUGUGAGGUAAAAAAAGGCGCACUUUUCCGGUAUAAGUUGGCAUUUUGCAGUGAAAAUGUACACUUUGGGGUAGCUGUGUACUUUUUGCUAAGAGCGUAUGAAGAAGAAGAGAAAGACGCAGAGCCCUGGUGGAAGUUUGUGUUGUCAAGGCCCUGACACCAACUUACAAGUGUCCUGUGUUGUGCUGGCAGGUUCACAAGCCCUGCCCCUUGCAUUACACACAGGUUUAUUUUCCAGAGGGUCCUGCCUCUGACCACUGUCAGCUUUUACAGAAGAAUGGUCAGCACCUUAUUAUCACACCUGGAACCUGAGUGAUGUUUGUAUGUUGACCAUUAAAACGCUGUUAAUUUAACACUGUGGUGUCCCAUUAAACACCUGUCUUUAAAAGUGUAGUCUGCUUCAGAUCAAAGAUUGAAUACGGUAGCCUCACUGAGUCCAAGUCUUCUUGUGGCAUGUCGAAAUGUGUAAUUCUCUGUGCUCUGGGAGCGGGGGGAUAGGAUAUGUGUUGGUUCUUUCCACAUCUCCUGUUUUUUCCUUCUCUAAUUAGGGUGCCACAUUUUUACUAAUAACCGCAUGGCGCCGACUGCUCUGCUUCACUCUACAGGUUGAGGUCAAAUUGUAGCUGCUGCCAAUCAUUAUUUUUAGUCCAUUGCUAUUGGUCCUGGUGAGAGGGGUGGAGCUAGGUGCUGUCAUGACAUCACGACAAGCUUGACAGGGCUCUGUAUGUCUCCAGCAGUAGGGUUUUUGACUAUUGUGAGAGCAGGGCUAUGCAACAUGACGACACUUUUGAAAAAUAAAUCUUCAUCCUUUCUGUAGCUUUACCUGCUGGGAUCUCCAGAUUCAGGCUUCAGCAUGAUUGUGACCAAAUCUUUUAUAUAUAAAAAAAAUUCUGAAAAAAUCUAUUAAAAAAUAUAUAUAUUUUAAAAAAUGCAUAAAGGCACAAUGAAUUAAAGAGAAAAAAAAACAAUGAAAAAUUAACAGGACAUUCGUAGAAAAGUUCUGCAAGUUGGUAUAUUUGAAAACUGCAUGCCACAGAUAUACCUGCUUUACAGCUUCAAAGAGUGGGAGAAAAGAGUGAACGUCUCAGAAUGUUAAUCACCCAGUUUGGGAAUAUACGAUGGUUCGAAGGAUGUGCAUUAGUAAUUGGAUUACAGAUGUGUAGCACCUUUUGGUUUGGUUAUAAGACUGACUCAAUUAUUUUUCACCCAAACACUACUGCCCCAUGUUGCCGUUGCAGGGCAGAUAUCGGUACGUUAGAAUUUAUGUGAAACGUCUUCAUCCAUUGCAGCCUCUGUAUUGUUUUUAAAAAAAAAGAUUUCCUCCCCAGAAUCCUUCAGUCAGUUGCCAAACGUUGAACUUCUACAAUCUGUUUCUGCACACCAGUUCCAGUUUAGAUAUGGCUGUACAUGGAAAAAAGUAAUGUUUGCAUGUUGAAAAUGUAUGUGCAUGUAAAAAAAAGAAAUAUUGUUCAUCUUCGUACUUUUUUGAUACAAUGUAAUCAUUUUGUUGUUAAUUUUUAAUAUUUGAUAUGAAUAAGGGGGUUUGUGGAAAAAAAUAUCUUUAUAUUUAAAAAAACAGUGUUUGGCGAUAUUACAGGUUCCGCGUUUGCAACAGAGCUGGAACUGAAUUUAUUUGGGUCCUGGGAGUUGUUUGCUGCCUGAUUUCGGUUUAUUGGUCAGACUUUGAAUUCUGCAGUUGUUUCUACAGUUAAAAUUUUGUAUGAAGCGAAGUCCUUGAACUAAAAUAAAAACAUAAAAGAGAAAAUUU